GAUAUCGUCAGUCACCCGCCAGACAUCAGGGAGAAGGUACGUGUCUUCACCCUUCCUUCCCUCCUAUGCCGCCGUCGCUCCGCCGCCGCCAGUGCCAAAACGUUUCGUUUCAGAUCAAUAACUUUGGCUUUGUUGCUCGGAAGCUAUAUAGUACGUAAAAGACUGAAACGCUUCCUCUUGUACACUGUUGCUAUUGAAACAUUGCAUCCCGUGUACGAAAAUUAUAGAAGAAUCACACGUACUAGAAGUAAUACAAUAUAAAUGUGUCGGUGAAGGAAAGUAAACGAGUGGCUGUUGAGAGGGUAAAAUGCUGAGCAUGUGAAGUGAACUUGUCACCAUUACCAGCCGGGUCUGAGGCGUGCCGUGGCCUGGAUCCAAGACUUGUGCCUCCAUUCAUGUUCAUUUGGACGGAAAGGACGCAGAGCAGAUGACACGUGAGUCAGACUUAGAACGAAACAAUAAAACAGCGUAAUAAUAAUAACGCAAGACAAAAUCAUUCUCCCACUCACUCUACUUCAUUAGGACGGAAAGCAGACGGAGAGCAGACGCCAAGUGAAUGAGCCUGAGAAUGAGGCAAGAAAUAAACCAGUGUUAUAGCAACAACCCGUAACAGAAAACCUCCCACCCACCCACUCGCUCCAGUUCCUCCACUACCUACCUCGACCCAGAAGAGUGUGAGUGUGUGCGUGUGUGAGUGCGUGUGUACUGGUUUAUCGGAAGGACUUUCACUCACUAAUUGUCGAGAUGCAACGAGUGGCGUGGUGACCUUGUCUCGCUGAGUCCACGCCAUCGCCACGCCCUCCACCACCACCACCGCCGCCGCCACACGUCUCGUCAGCUGACUGGAGUUGUUUACAUCGCUCAGCUGAUCGCCGGAAUAGCUCGCUGCUGCCUGUCUGUCUGUCUCCCUGCCCUGCUGCCGCCCCUUCCCACCCCCGUCACGGACACACUCAUGCAUACACACCAGUCGGAGGCAUCGAGGGGACCCUCGGCUAGGUGCACCCUAACAUGGACCUGGUGACUCCUGCCUGCACAGCGCCCCGCCCCACGCACCUGCCGCCCCGCCCCACGCACCUGCCGCCCCGCACCUCGCACCUGCCGCCCCGCACCUCCUCGCCACCACCGCCCUCCCCCGCCACGCCCUUCACCGCCACGCCCACCCACGCCCACACGAGCCUUCCCUCCUUCUCUCUAGCGUCCUGAAAGAGAGAGAGAGAGAGAGAGAGAGAGAGAGAGAGAGAGAGAGAGAGAGAGAGAGAGCAAGGUGUUAGCUAUAAUUCAAGGCUGGCUAAUGACUCUUUUCUUUUUUCUUUUCUGUCGUAAAUAGCACCAGAAAAAGCUAAUUUUUUUUGCAUACAUAAUUUUUUUUCUUUUCUUCUCUGUGUUGAAACUGAAAAUAACAGCCCAGACGCGUAUAAAACGACUUCGGUACCAGAAAAAAAAAUAAAAGUAUGUGAGUGUGUAUUCUUGAAGGAAAAAGAAGAACCUUAAUUAAGUGGAGGCAGCAGAGCGUGGACCAGGCGGGUGGCUUACCAGAUCCGAGCGUGCGCGCGCGUGUGUGUGUGUGUGUGUGUGUGUGUGUGUGUGUGUGUGUGUGUGUGUGUGUGUGUGUGUGUGUGUGUGUAUGAACUUGUGUGUGUGAGUGUGCCCCAGCGUGUGAUAAAUGUGAAAGAAAAUAGUGUACACGGAAGAAUUACUGAAUAAAACACACACACACACACACACACACACACACACACACACACACACACACACACACACACACACACACACACACACACACACACACACACACACACACAAUACAGCAAAAUGACAAACUUAGUCCGGGAGGCAAGUGCGUGGGAGGUAUCUGGAGAAGAAUGGAGGAGGAGGAGGAGAAGAGGGAGGAGGAGGAGAGAAACACGGAUACCAAAAGAAGAAGAAGAAAUGGAGGAGACGAGGAGACCAGCAGCAGCAUCCUUUACCUGUCAGGCGCAUCUCAUCUCACCUGGCUUCGUCUUCCUCGUAUUCACCUGCAUCUUCCUUUUACCUGCCGUAUGUGGGUGUCCCUCAGGUCCAAAGAUAAGGUGGCGGGCAGAUGGCAGAUGCGGCGUUAACUUCCCCCUCGGCAACGGGUGGGAUCAGCCUGCCGAGUGUGACCCAGCCAGCGACCGGCCCUGCUGCAGUGACUACGGCUACUGCGGCAACUCCCUGUCCCACUGCGGCUGCCCGGACUGCAUCGACUACCGGAACGUGAUCAGGGAGGCCGAGUGUCACUACUCCUUGGAGGGCGAGAGCGGCUAUCUGGAGUCCCCCAACUUCCCCAGGGAGUACCCGGCGGGGAGGGAGUGUUGCUACGACAUCAACAGGCCCUCCUCCAAGUACUGUGGCGUGCAACUGACGGUUGAGAGUCUUGACGUAGGCCGCGGGGAGGAGGACGGGUUCUGUCGACGGGACUGGCUCACGCUGCCCUCCUGUGUCCCCGAGCGUGGCGCCAGGAUCUGCGGGAGCAACACCACUGGCCAAGUCUACCAGUACCUGUUCCAGCCCGGCGCCUCGGCCCUGCGUCUGGUGUUCCACGCGGGGGACAUGUCGGAGGGGCGCAAGGGCUUCAGAGUGAAGUAUGACGUGCUCACCACCUGCCCGGGCCCCUACCAGACCCAGAACCUACCCAUCUCCCUCAUCCCAGGGACCACAGGGGCGCCUUGCUACACUCGCAUCGUGGACACCAGAGGCACCAUCAACACGCCGUACCACCCCAAGCCCUACCCGGAGAACCUCGACUGCAUCUACGAGUUCGUCAGGACGUCGCAGGAGGUGUGCGGGGUCAAGAUGCAGACGGUGACCUUCGAGAUGGAGCCGCCCUUGCUGACGCUCUUCGGCGGCGCCUGCACCGACUUCCUGCACCUGCCGUCCUGCGGGUUCCUCUGCGGCAAGGUCAAUUUCACCUGGGUCGUGGAGUUCCAGCCGAGCGCCAAGAGUCUCAAGUUCCAUUUCCAUUCCGACGAAGCGAUGGGCCACAGCGGCUUCCUCAUCGGCUUCGAGCAAGUCACGCAGUGCUGAGACGACCUUCACGUGGCCUUGACCUGACCUACGUUCCAUGCAUGUCAUCCGCUACACUCCACUCUCUUACCUAACCUACGCUCCACACAUUUGUCUUUUCUGCCUCCUCCUUCACCAUUCUUCGCUCCCUCUACUCUCUGCCUUCCUAACCUGCUCUCCAAACAUUUACCUUUUCCACCUUCUCCACUACCGCAACCUCCACAUCCUUCACUCUCUACGCUCCACCAGGCAUCUGUCUUUCCCAUCGUCUCCACAUCCCUUCACUUUUACCUCCUCCCCGUUUUUCUAACUCAGUAUUUCUUCACUUAUUACUAAUGCCAUCCCCUUUCCCCUCCUCUCCUACCCUUGGCCUAAUACUCCUUCCCUCACUAACCUCCUCCACAAUAGCCUUGAGGUAACUUUUCCCCUUGCCGAUUUUUCUUAUGUGUGUGGAUUUGAUAUUUGUAUAAGUCAGGUCAUCUUCGUGUGCGUCGACGUGAUAAGCUUUUGUAUUACGGCUUAUGUUAUAUUAUUCUCUUAUUCUCUUGUAUUUUCCGCCCUCGCUACUGUUGUAAUUAAGGAAAACUAUUGAGGUGAACUUAUGAUUAAAGAAAACGGAGGCGCGUCAUGUAAGGGAGAGAAACAUGAAUGUACGUGUUUUGUUGUGUUCUGAGUUGAGAGAGAGAGAGAGAGAGAGAGAGAGAGAGAGAGAGAGAGAGAGAGAGAGAGAGAGAGAGAGAGAGCCGGGGCAUUUGUUUUCAUAUAUUCUCGCUCUGUGUUAGUGACCGCUUUGCCUUGAGCCGAAUUUUUCCUCUAUGUAAAUGAUGACGCAACAAGAGUGUGCCGGAGACCAGAAUAUUACUCAAGCGAAGUCUUCCUAUUACAGCCAAUCCCUUUAACACCUCGGGAACACACUCUGACAGGCUAUUCCGGUCCCUGCUGUGAACUAUUGUGUUAAAGCCUACCGAGACACGAAUCUGCGACCCUCAUUUAGACGGCUUCCUUAUAUGUUUCCUGUUUCUUUUAUCAUGUAUCAUCUAGGAGCUUAAAAAGACAACCAACUAGCUUUCUGUUUUUUAUCAACUAGUGCUUAAAAAGACAAUUAUCAGCACGUCUUCCUCGUCCAAUUCCCUUACACUCACGAAACGCCGUAACAGGCUAUUCGAUCUCCCUUCCUGAAGCGCAGAGAGGUACGAAUCCGUAAGCCUCUAUUCGAAUCCCUAGCGAAGCAGUCAGUGUAAGACCCCGCCUCCCUUAUGAGCUGGUCGAGGGACACCUGCGGACACCUGGGAAACGUGGGGAAAGUGACCAAUGGAGACCUGGGUAAAUUUGAGGAACUUAAGUGAGGUGGACUACUGCAAUACGGUGCUGUGUGACCCCUGGCGAGGAACCCCUGUGCUCACGAUGACUGAAAGACGGAAAUGAGCGCCGAGUCAGCGAGUCUCCCAGCAUGUUCCGCGGUUAGUGUGUGGCUGCCCUGCCUUCAUCCGCUAAGAAUCAACGUGAAUGCCGUCCUCAACCCUAACUUUUACCUUCGUUAACCUGUAAAUUAAUGUAAUCACUUUCAAAAGCGCUAUCGUAAAAAAGGCACAUUAUAAUAUUGCAUUUAUUUCAGGUUAGUAAAGAAAGAUUAGGGAAGUGAAGCCAGAGAGAGGAAAGAAAUACAUUAUUAUGGAACAUUUAACAGUAUGUUCCUUAUAUGUUAUUGUCAACUCGUACAAUAAAAAAAGUGAUCAGUUACCGAGUCAGUAAAAUAAACUGGAAAGGCUGAAAUCACCAACAUAACAAUAUUUACGAGCUUUGCAUCAUUACUGUCGCUGUGCCGAGCUGUAUGAUGUCCACCGUUGCCAGAUUAACGUCCCCAGAGCAUCGUAUUUACCCAUAACUAUUGCCAACAAACACCGAUAAUUAACUAUGUAUUUUAACGAUAACUAUAUAUGAAGUCAGUUAUUUGGGUGGAGGAGACAGGUUUUGGCUCUGAAAUCGGCAAACAUAAAACGCUGAGUAGGACAAUUCGGCACUGCUGUAUGAUGUCUUACUGCAAUAACGUCGACUAGCUGAACCUGAGGAUAAUUCUCUCCUCCCCUCCUGUCCUCAGCCUCUGUUCUCUGCCUGUAACUUCUCUCCUGCAUAUCACUUGGAGUCUUUCAAGAGGAGAGUAUCGAGACACAUCUCCUCCCAAAGGUGACCUCUCUUUUGGCCACUCUUCUGAACUCUUUUAUAGGGGCAGUGUUUAGCGGGCUUUUUAUCUCUCACUUUUUUUUUCCCUUGUUCUGCUUCCUUUGCUGUAAAAAAAGAGAAAAGAAAAACAGGGAGGAGGUGAGAUGGAUAUUCGUCCUUUCCUGGUGAUUGCGCCUAACAAUGUUCCGUGAAUAUGUACUAACACUGAACUAACUACAUUUUUUUCCCUGCCGUAUAUAUAACUCAUGUGCGUGUCUGCUCACAUUAUCGCAUACGUUUAUUAUUAUUGUAUACUUUCUAACCCCCAAAACACACCGUAUCCCAUCGUAAGUUUAGAUUAGAUUUCACGAGUGUCCGCUUGAACUAUCCUAAAUAUCGUACAAAGCUCAUCAUUACCGUACAUACAACAGUUUUAGGCAGCCGGUGCGUCUUCAAGCUGACCUCGCUGAGAUUAAGAUGGAAGGGCGGGAAGCGUGUGUAUGUGUGUGUGUGUGUGUGUGUGUGUGUGUGUGUGUGUGUGUGUGUGUGUGUGUCCUCUCCAUAAAAAGAAAAUGAAAUGCCAAAUAGUUCUAGGGAAUGAAAAGGGAGAGAAAAAAAAGAGAUGAGUAAGAAACGAAGCUCCCUUGAUGUUACCCUUUAGCCAAUCAUCCCCUUUAUUCGUCCACAGCCUUCCUUACCCUAGCGGCGCCUCCUAAGAACUAUUUUUUUUUACCCCUUCCCUUCCCUCCCCUUCGCCUCUUAAAUACUAACACUAACCCUUCCAGCCUCAAUAUUCCUUUUGAUGGUAUACACUUUUAUCCUUUAAGAGCCUACGAAGGGUUCACUGUAAUAAAAGACAUGAAGAACUAACUCUUAAUUUAGUGUAAAGUUUGUAUUUUUAAGGCUGCAUUAAUGUUUUUUUUUUAUAUAACUUAACAUUAUGGUUGACUCGUAUAGAGCUUUUUUUUCAGCUACUGCUACUAUUACUGCUACUUUCGCUGUCGGUGUUGUAAAGAGAGCAAGUUCAUUCGAUACCUUAUUCCAUGCUUGAUCUAUCUAUCUAUCUAUCUAUUGUAUUUCUUCCCUUUGUUCUUCCUCCAUCCCUGCAUUCUCCUACUUCUCUUUCUUAUCCGUUCCUCUUUGUUUUCGCUUUUGGCAUUUUCUCCUCCCACUCUAUGCUCUCCUUUUCCCCCCUUUUCUUUUAACUCUACACCCUCUCCUUUGUGCCUCCUUUCUUUCACGCUUCCUCUCCCUCUCCUCUUCAUUUCCCCGUCUAAUCUUAAUGGCCUCCUCUCCUCCAAGUAUACAAAACAUUAAAAGUUAAAUGGGAAAUAGGCCUUCACGAAUAUUUAUUAGGUUUGUGACACCACUGGAGUAAUAUUUUAAAUCGACUGCCUCCUCAUAAUUAGUUUGAUUGACUAGAUACCAUUUAGAACACUAGGAUCAGCAAGUCUUUAUCUAUAGAGGUGACAUAAGGAGGUUUGUUUUUUUCAUUUCUAGGCGUUGUGUGACCAAUUUUUUGUUGUGACUUAUGAAUUAUGUUUCUUUAUUAUUGAAAUCCGUGUAUAUGUGAUUACAAUACUAGCCUGCCUGUUUCCAAUUAGGUUCUCCACUCCAUUUACGUGAACAUGUUUUUUUCUCUUUUA